AUGCCUAUAUCGGUUAUUAACAUAUUUCCCUGUAAAGGAAAGGAAAAUUCGGAAAACAUUGCUGAUGAUGGAUUUGAAAUUGAUAUGAAAUAUUUUCUUUGGUGUUUAAAGUUUACUGGAUUACACCAACGCUGUUGGUCAGGAACUAAAGAACGCUUACUUUUCCGAAGACUGUCCAAUAUAUAUCGUGGAUUUGUACCAGUUUUGCUAAUUUUCAAUUUCAUAUUUUCUCUUGGUGAAUUCAUAAAUGUCAAAGGGUUUGACGGUGCUCUUUUGAAUAGUUUGAUAUCUUCUAUUUGGUUUAUGCAGGUUGCGUUAUUUUCGUUGAACAAUGCAAUACGUGCAUGGAGAUGGCAACGAUUUUAUAAGCGAUGGAACGAAUAUGAAAACGAAUAUAAAACUGAUUCCAAACGCUUCAACCGGAAAUUAAGCAUAUUAGUUGUCAUCUGCUACAUAUUUUGGGUUUUGAUUGCGGCAGCGUUUAUGGGUGUAGGCAUGAGCUCGCCAAGACCCCCUUCCGGUUUUAUACUGUAUGUUCCAGAAGAACUUGUUUUACCGAUCACUAUAUUUAUCAUUGUUGCUUAUUUCUUCUUCAUUUCAACAUGGUUUUUGUUGACUUCCCAGUUUGCAAUAAUUUGUAUCACAAUUUGCCGUCUGCUACAAGAGUUAUACAAAACGAUCAAAAGCUACUUUGAGAAUCCUGAAAAGUUCUCUGAAGAUAUCGAAAGUUUUAGACAACGACAUGAUAAAAUUUGCGUCAUGAUUUUACGUGCAGACGACAUUUUGUCCACGUUCAUCAUGACAACUGUAGCGUCGACGAUUCCUAUAAUCGUGCUCACGCUAUAUUUCGUGAUAUUUGUCACGGACGGCGUUCAUACUUUCUCCUACGCAGCAACUUGGUGGUCGAUCUCGUUGAGUACACUCCAACUGACAGUUGUAUUUCUACUUGGUGGAGCAGUCAAUUUUAUGUUGAACGUGUUUUUAAAUCGACUCACGAGCCAGCCGAUAGGUUUGACGGCAUGUGGACUCUUUGUACUCGACAAACCAACUAUUGUAACAUUUGUCGGAAGCAUAGCCACGUACGCUAUCGUUAUGAUUCAGUUCAAACCAGGUGAGGGCAGUUACAAUGUCGUCUGCAAUUGCACGGUAUGAAUCAUAUUAAAAGAAAGGCGGGAUCGCUUCGUCAUAGUCUGAAAUGGUGGUCAUAGAAUACCUGUUCUGUUAAAGGACAAACAAUGUGUGUUUUAGUAACAGACAAAUAUUAAAUUUUGUUUAUGCAUUUUUGUGUUUUGACAUCAUUGGAUAGUAUCUACAUAAUUGUAUUUUAUUAUUAUUUGUCUUAUUUAAGUUCUUGUUUAUUAAAAGAAGUAAAAUCUUCGUCGAUUGUAUCAAGUAAAGACACUGUCAGAGUGGUUAUUCAAUACAAUAGGGAUCUAUCG